AUGAAGUUCGGCCGCUACCUCGCCGCCCAUCAAAUUGACGAGUGGAAGAGGGCCUAUAUCGACUACAGGAAGUUGAAGAAGCAGAUUGGGAGGGCGGAGGAGGAACUGUUUGAUAUCGACUCGGGCGGUACAGGCGGGACGGGAGAGGCUGGGCAAGACGUGAGGGAGACGGCGCAGGAUGACGAGCGGCAAGCGGGAAGCGCUCGCCGUAUGCAGCGCCUGACAAGCUCGUCGGCAGCUCCCGAAGCCAUCGAGCAGGACGGAGGUGAGGCAGCGACCGGGCGCGAUCUCGAGCGCGGGUCGAGUGGGAACGACGAGGAUGACGAAACAACGUCGCCAUCGUCGCAUGCCAAGCCCUCCCGUACGUCCACGUCACGAGCCGGCAAGUCUCGCCAGCCGCAACCUACCGCCUCAACCCCUCCUCAUUCGCCUGGUCUUUCCUCAUCCUCGCACGAACACGUCUCCGACACGACCCAGAACACCGACCGACCGCUCGUCACCCGCAAAGAGUCGAGCAAGUCCGGCAUCAGCUUGAAGCAGCAGACGUCUGAGCAGCCUCUCACGCAGCGCUUGAGCCGACGCUUCUCCACGUCAAAGCCCGCCCAGGGAUCCCGCGGUCAGGAUGGACGGUGGCGAGAGGGGCUCAGGUCGAACAUGGAGCUGUCCGAGGUCUACGAGCGGAUCGCGCCGCAGUGUCGGCGCUUCUUUACCCUCCUCGACCGCGAACUGGAGCGCGUCACGUCUUUCUACGCCGACCGCGAGACGGAGGCGACGAAGCGGUUCGAGCAGCUUGAUGCGCAGUGGAAGGAGCUUGCGAUUCACAAGAAGGAGUUCCAGGCGUUCCGCGAACGCGAGCUGCAUCCGCCUCAUUUUGUCUCGUCCAUCUUACCGAAACGCGCACAUCUCCCCAAUGUCCCCGGCUCCCACCUUGUCCGCCGAACUCUCGCACACCGUCGCCGCCAACUCGCCGAUGCCGCACAUAUGGGCAACGGCGAGCACCCUGAGCGAAGGCUGUCGGGCGAGUCGGAGGACUCGCCUGAGCGCGGCCGGGACGAACAUGCUGGCGACGCGGACGACGAAGGGACGGCUCGCGAGCAGGUCUUCAAGCAGGUCCGACCCGAAGAUUACACCAAUGCUCGGAGCAAGCUUAAGCUUGCGACCUUCGAAUACUAUCGUUAUCUCGGCAUGCUCAAGUCGUAUCGCGUCCUCAAUCGAACCGGUUUCGCCAAGGCGCUGAAGAAGUACGAGAAGGCGACGCGGAUUCCGUGUGCGGUCAAGUACUCGGAGAAGGUCGAGAAGGCCAAUUUCGUUGCUUCGACCAAGCUGGACGACUUGAUCCGCGAGACGGAGAACGCGUUCGCCAACGUCUUCGAGCGCGGUGACCGGAAGAAGGCGCUCGAGCGGCUGCGCGACUUCGGCGAGAAGAAACGCCAUCAUUUCUCGACUUGGCGCGCUGGCAUGUAUAUGGGUGCUGGUCUGCCCCUCAUGAUCGAAGGACUCGUCCUCACCUACAAGGCGUCGACUCGCCGCGAGAUCCCGUACUGGCCCGCCCUUCUGCAGCUCUUCGGCGCAUGUUACCUCCCGGUCUUCUUCUCUCUAGCCUUCUUCCUCAACCUCGCAACCUGGAGCUACGCUCGUAUCAACUACGUCCUCAUCUUCGAGCUCGACGUCCGGACGAAGCUGGACUACCACCAGUACCUCGAGCUCCCCGCCGUCCUCUAUUUCACCCUCUCCCUCUUCUUUUGGGCGGCCUGGAACAACUUCUGGCCGGAUCAGAUCGCACCGUCCGCCUACCCUCUCGCCUGGAUCGUUCUCAUGCUCCUCAUCAUGCUCAACCCCUUCCCCAUCCUCCACCCCGCCGCCCGUUGGUGGCUCCUCCGAUCCUUCUGCCGCAUGAUCACCUCCGGCCUCGUCGCAGUCGAGUUCCGUGACUUCUUCCUCGGCGACGAGUUCAACAGCAUCUACUACUCGGUCUACAACCUCGGCUUCCUCUACUGCACGUACAAUCACGGCUGGGCGCCGAACGUCCAGGAGACGUGCUCGACCAACAAGACGUGGACGUCGGCCGUUCUCGCAAGUCUGCCGCCGCUCUGGCGUCUCGGACAGAGCAUCCGCCGUUACGUCGACUCGGACGGCAUGUACCUGCACCUGCUCAACGCCGGCAAGUACUCGAUGACGAUCCUGUACUUCUUCUUCUACUUCUCCUGGCGAAUUAUCACGAAGGAAGGCAAAGACGUUCCCUGGCGCUUCGCCCUCUUCAUCCUCUUCGCCUCGGCCAACUCGAUCUAUACCUCGUCGUGGGACCUCCUGAUGGACUGGUCACUCGGUCACCGCAACACGAAGAAGCGCGAGCACUACCUUCUGCGCAACGAGCUCGCCUUCUUCAAGGACACGCCCUGGGUCUACUUCCUCGUCUGCAUCGCCAACGUCCUCCUCCGCUUCACCUGGGUCAUCUACCUCUCGCCGCGCCCCUCGCCUCCCGUCCAGUCAUACAUCAUCGCCCUCACCGAAGCCGGCCGCCGGAUCAUGUGGAACACCUUUCGUGUCGAAGCCGAGCACAUCGGCAACCGUGACGGUUUCCGCGUUACGAGGGAGGUCGGGCUCCCGUACGUCACGGCGUCGUCGCCGGAAGCGAGCGGCGGCCUUGUCGACAACGGCACAUCAGACGAGGACGAGCACCUCACGCAUCGCCAGCGCUUCUUCAAGUUCUUCCACACGCUUCACGCCAGCGUCGCCAAGAACUUCCAGCCUGUCAUCGAUGUGCUCACGUCGCCACCUAUACUCCCUCUCGGCCGCCGCAUCGACGACGCCGAGCGAGAAACGCGCGAGGUCGAGGACGAGGGGCGCAGAAACGACUUCGAGAAGAAGCGCACACAUCAGCGUCGUAUGGCCGCGCGCAAGCGCAAGAGACGAGGCACUCUCGGUCCUGAUGACGAGAGCAGCAGUCCCUCGCCGUCUGACGACGAUGACUUGCGGGAGGAAGGCGAACAACGAGGCGAGCAGGGGCGCCCCUCCGGUUCGCGCGCCAGCCUGCGACCCGGCACCAACGUCGCAGAGGAGGACGCCGCGGAGGGAGCUCACGUGGCCAGGAUGGAUCAGAAGGAACGGACGACACAUGGGCCGAAGCACGACGCGCGGGAGUUGCGGCAGGACGAGAGCGACCACAAUCAGGAGGACGACGAUAUCGCGCUCGAGGAGGGUAUGCGGGAUGUCGAGCAGAUGAACAAGAUCGCGGACGGCGGUAUGAAAGGAUAG